AGCAGAAAAUGGCUGAACAGCCAAAACUACUGCGUAGACCUCUGCCUCCCAGGCUGCCAUCUAAACUGCCUACAUCAAGGGAGAAGGUUGGUAAAGCAGGCAGGGGUUUUGGACAAUACCGAGCUAGAGUGACGAAGAGUACGAAUGAUAAAAAUGGAAAAGCUGUGUCUGACAGUUAUGCCAGUACUCAAGGGCAAGUCAAGCAGACAGAUGUUUCCUUCAGCCAUGGUCACGUUUCCCAGAAUCCGGUGAAAGCCCAGCCCGGAGAUGCAUUCCUCUCUGUACAUCAGAUUUGCCAAAAUCAAGCACAAAUCCAACUCAAAGAUCUCCUUCAGUCUCAAUACCUGUCCAGCAGUAUCCAACCCCAAUUUGACCACAUUUCCUCUUGUUCAGUACAUUUCCAACGCCAACAUGUACGUCAGCUUAAUCAAGACAGUAAAUAUAGGCAAACACAGAUCCAGUCCAAAAGGACAGGUUUUCAUGACCAAAGGAGAGGUUUAAUUCUGUCUGAAACAAGUUUCCCUGCAGAAGAUGUGAAGCAGAAGGGUGAUCUAGUUUUUAAGAAUAAUAAGUCUGCACACUGGUCUUUACAAGGCAAUACUGUAAGCCUGGUUGGUCAAUAUGAAGUUAUUCCUAUCUGCUCAAGCAGACCAAUGCCAAACCAAAGCAAAGAAAAAAAUGUGUUUUCUGCCCAAAUUCCUAGGAGGGAUUUUAUUCUUACUAAAAGUCCCAGUGGGUCUGAUUACUUCUCAUUUUGCAAAAAUCAUAAAUUCUCUCAUGUGAAGCAUCAAAAAUUACAGAGCACUGGCCCUGCCCAUUCCACUCCUCCUGUAUUUACACUGGAAAGUUUAGCUGCAGGUUCUUCUCACCAUCUGCCUUUGAAGACAACCCUCAAAAAGCCGUUUGUUUCCCGCUACAACUAUGAAGUCCUCAGUAACCGGUUAAUGACUGAAAACAGGAGCUUGCAGACUGAAGUUAACACAGUGAUUUUGUCUGACAUCACUCUACCUGCAGAUGAAACAAGAAAGCCUGAGCAGCAGAAGUUCCUAGGUAAUUAAUAUUAAACAUUGUAGUAUCUUUUUGCAAUCUCUUGCAGGGAGAAAGAAAAAAACCACCAAAAAACCAAAAAAAACCACUCUGUUUUUGUUUGUGUGGGUCUUUGAAUUUGCCCUCAUUACUUGAGAAAUAACUAGUGCAGAAUUAUAACUUGUGAUAACUAAGUGAAAUGUUGUGUCUUCAGAUAGCAGCACACGGUGAUUUAAACGUAUGCAACUUUAUUAUAAAGAUGGUGUAUGGGAAUUGUGAAAAGUCCUGUCAUUUAGGUCUUUGAAAAUGGUGGGUCCAUUCAUCACCGUGGAUUUAAGAAGGCAGUUCUGACCCUUAUAUGGGUCUUUGGCCUUGUUUUCCUGUAUCUUAUUGAACGCAA